CCCUGCUUGAAUUCAACGCCAAGCAUGUUCACUUGAAUGUUGUAAAAGAAGAGAUAAAUGCACUGAAGCUUAGGUGUCCCACAUUAGUCAGUGUCCCACAUUACACUAAUCCACCCUAUGUAACGCACGCUUCUGACGAAUCAUCUUCACAUGGCUCAAGUAAUAGGACAAAUAUAGAGCAUUUGAUAAUGCAAAUGAAAAAUGAUCCGUUUUACGUGAAUAUUUGAGUACACUGAUCCAUUACUACAUGCAAAACUUUCCUUUAUGCAGAAAACACCACGCUCAGCUUCAUUAGUAGCUUUGCAUUACAGAGAAAUUACUGUAUCGCUGACUAAGAUAGCGCGUUUUAAAGGAGUGCGAACUUUAAUCUGUCACCACUUUAUUGUUCCCUUAACACGCAAAGUUGAGGUAAUAUUUAACACUCCUGCUCUAUUCGACUGUCGAGAGCGUCAGCGCGCAACAGAGAAACCGAAUUGCGCUGGAUAAUAAAGGAAUUCUGAACCAAAACCCUCGCAUUUCACUCUAAGAUGGGGGUUGGAAAAUGGGUUCUGGCAGCAUUUGGGAUCGUAGCGAUCGUUGUGUUGAUAGCUGUUCCCACAGCCAUUCUUCUCAACGAGGAUAAAACUGAAUCCCAGAGGACUUUUACUUUAGAAGAUUACUUCAAUGGAACUGCAAGAACCAAGUCAUACAACAUGCGAUGGGUUUCAGAUGAUGAAUAUCUUCACAAGACAGGAGAAGGUUCAUUGCAUCUGAUCAACGCAAACACUGGAAAUGGAAGUGAAUUAGUGAAUCAGCAGAUAUUUUACCGUGUAGCAGCUUUUGAUUACAUGGUGUCAGCCGAUCGAAAAUACGUCUGUUUCCUGAGCAACUACACCAAGCUAUGGAGACACUCCUACACUGCAUCAUAUUCCAUCUACGACCUGGAAAAAAGGGAUUUUAUAAAUACAGAUAUCCCACAUGAAAUCCAGUACCUAGCAUGGUCGCCAACCGGCCACAAACUGGCUUUUGUGUGGCAAAACAACGUCUAUGUGAAGGAAACUCCCACCUCUGCAUUCAGGCAGGUCACUACCGAUGGAGCCCACAACCUGAUCCUCAACGGCAUUCCUGACUGGGUGUACGAGGAGGAGAUGUUCUCCACCAACUUUGCUCUGUGGUGGUCACCAAAUGGGAGGUUUGUGGCGUACGCCAAAUUUAAUGACUCAGGAGUCCACAACAUUGAGUAUACAUUGUACGGAGAAGGCCAAUAUCCAGAAACGGUCUUAACACCAUACCCCAAGGCUGGAACCCCAAACCCAACUGUGAAACUCUUUGUCUUUGACACAAACACAAACACGACCAAUGAAGUCCUGGUUCCCAGUGAUGUUGGUGCAGGAGAGCACUACCUGAGUACUGUUACAUGGGCGUCAGAUGAGCGACUUGCAGUGCAGUGGCAGAAGAGAACGCAGAACUAUGUUGUUUUGAAGACGUAUGACUUCAGCGGCAAUGCUUGGAAUGAAAGUUCACUGAGCCAGGUUAUCACAAGCAGCACGGGCUGGGUUGGCCGAUUUUCUCCUGAUGAACCUGUCUUUCGGCCGAAUGGCAGCAAUUGUUAUUACAUUAUGAGUGAUGAGAAGCAAUUUAAGCAUCUCGUUUAUUUCAGUCCAACAGUAAAGUCGUUCCUGACAACAGGAAAUUGGGAGGUCACUAGCAUCCUUAAGGUCACAAACGAUGCUAUAUACUAUGUGAGUAAUGAACACAAUGCGAGUCCGGGCCAAAGGAACGUUUACAAAAUCACCAUAAAUGGUGAUGCUCAUUCGGAGCGUGAGUGUCUGACCUGUACCCUCAAUGCGGACCGGUGCAAAUAUAAUUCUGCCCUGUUUAGCACUAAAGGAACCUACUACCUCAUGAGCUGUUCUGGGCCUGGACUGCCUCUGCAUACACUGAGAAACAGCAGAGAUGGAACAGAGGUGAGAAUUCUUGAAGACAACAAGGAUUUGGAAAGUACUCUGCAGGAAAUCGCCAUGCCAUCAGUUACACAUGGCACGCUGAAGAUCGGAGAGUUUGACCUCUGGUACCAGAUGAUUCUGCCUCCCAAAUUCGACAAAUCCAAAAAAUAUCCUCUGCUUAUUGACGUAUACGCAGGCCCCUGCAGUCAGAAGUCAGAUUUCCGGUUUAGGGUGGGAUGGUCCACAUACUUGGCCAGCACAGAGAAUGUGAUCGUGGCCAGCUUUGAUGGGAGAGGAAGUGGUUACCAAGGAGACAAAAUUAUGCAUGCCCUCUACAAACGACUCGGCACAUACGAAGUUGAGGAUCAGAUAACAGCCGUUAGACGUUUUAUUGACAUGGGCUUCAUAGACAAAAACAGGGUUGCCAUCUGGGGCUGGUCUUAUGGCGGUUACGUCACUUCAAUGGUUUUGGGAGCCGGAAGUGGAGUUUUUAAAUGCGGAAUGGCCGUCGCUCCGGUCUCUAAAUGGGAGUAUUAUGACUCUAUUUACACUGAGAGGUACAUGCUGACGCCAACGGAGAACCAGGCCUUUUACGAUACUUCCACAGUGACGGGAAGAGCCAGGAACUUUAAAUCGGUCCAGUACCUCCUGGUGCACGGCACCGCUGAUGAUAAUGUUCACUUCCAACAAGCUGCUCAGAUCUCUAAAGCACUCGUGGAUGAACAAGUGGACUUUGAUGCAAUGUGGUACACUGAUGAAGACCACGGUCUCGGCGGCUCGUCCAAUCAGCACGUCUACACUCACAUGAGUCACUUUCUGAAAAACUGCUUUUCUUGAACUUGUGAAACUUUCCAUCGGACCAAAUAAGCCCACCUAGAAGCCACAGCACUGAAUCCACAUUACUUCCAGACCACUUCACGCACUUAAACACGUCAGGAGUGUGUGACUCCCCAUCAGCAGCCACUGAAUCCACAAGAACCCUGUAGCUACUGUACUGUGAGGCAAUAACGGACUCCUUUUAGUCACGUUUAUCAGUUUCAAAUGUACAGUCUGAGCAACUUAGUUAUGAAUCUUUAGUACACCGAAAAUCAACAACAACACAGAAAUACUUACUGGAUAAACACAAAGCUUGAUGAGCUAGCUAAACAAAACUGAGAGUAAAAAAAAAUAAUAAUAAAAUACAUACAAAUACAAUUAUUAUUAUUAUUAUUAUUUAUUAUUAUUAAUUACCUUUUAAGCUGGGGAGAGCAAUAUUGUGUAUUUUCCAUAUCAAGUUCAUUGCCAGCUGUACAUUUUCAUGUAUAGUACAAAAAUAAAAAGAAUAUUAAUGUUAAUUUAAUAUUGUAAUUAUCAGAUAUAUUAAACAUAAAAUAAUGCAUUACAAUAUUUUCACACUUUAAAUACUUUUUUUAUCAAGCUUUGUUGAGUAUCAAGUAAUCUUUUAAGAAAAUAUUUAUUGUAUGUGCCAUUACUUUUAAAAUAUAAGCCAUCAUUUGUAUGAUAUAGCAGAGAUAUAUUUCAAUAUGUAAUAAAAUUCAAUAAAAAUGUGUUCAAUUGUCAAA